CGCCAGUCCGCCUCACUGACUGACUCGCAGAACCAGUUGGUUUGGCCCAGCUUCUUCUUCUUCUUCUUCUUCUUCUUCCCCCUGCCUUCUCUGUGUUGUGUGCUGCCGCUGUUGUUGUUGCCUGGUGUCAACCUACGCCGACGAGAGAAGAAGACAUAUCCCUCCCUCUCCUCUGUCGGAGGGCCGCUUCCAAUUUGCCUUCACUUUCCUCCUCGCCGGCUCCAUUGGCUUCCGCGCCGUGCCAGUCAACUCGCCUCCUCUCCCAGCCCGAGUUGAGCAGCAACAGCUCGGAAACAUCUGGCCGCCGCAGAGUGCUAGACUCCCCGUCCCCUCCGCCUGCUCGCCCCUUCGGCAGCCUGUUAUGGAAAUUAGUCCAAAGUCAAUCUAGUUUUGGGGAAAAAGGAGGAUUUGACGGAGGAAGACGUCGGACCGUGUUGUCUGUUAUGAGGACGGCAAGAUGGAGUUCCCAGAUCACAGCAGACAUUUACUCCAGUGUCUGAGCGAGCAGCGGCACCAGGGCUUCCUGUGUGACUCCACGGUGCUGGUGGGCGAUGCCCAGUUCCGGGCCCACCGUGCCGUGUUGGCCUCCUGCAGCAUGUACUUUCACCUCUUCUACAAGGACCAGCUGGACAAGCGAGACGUGGUGCACCUCAACAGCGACAUUGUCACAGCCCCGGCCUUUUCCCUGCUCCUGGAGUUCAUGUACGAGGGCAAGCUGCAGUUCCAGGACCUUCCCGUAGAGGAUGUGCUGGCAGCGGCCAGCUACUUGCACAUGUAUGACAUUGUCAAGGUGUGUAAGAAACGUUUGAAGCAGAAGGCCACGGCGGAGGCAGACAGCACGCGCAGAGAAGAGGACGGUGGCUCCAGCUGCUCCGAUAAGGCCGACAGUCUAUCAGAUGGGUCUACGGGCCGGCCUGCGACUGCCGACCUGCUGCACAGUGAUGAAGAGGAGGAGGGGAAGGGCGAGGGAGGACCGCUGUGGCUGAGGCUGCCGUCUGCAGACAGACCAGGGACGCCAGCCAUGGCUACAACAAGCCCGCACGGCGAGGCGGAGAUGCAGGGUGGGGAGGCGCUGGGGGAGGGAGGGAAGCUGCUUUCCCCGGCAGGCAGCCCCACCAGCUCCACCGGAUCCCUCUCACAGAGAUCCCACCGCUCCGUGAGCUCUCGUGGAGGGCACAGGGGCAGGAGGGUGUCGAAUGAUGCGGCUGACUGCGUCCUGGACCUGUCAGUCAAGCCGAUCGCCGGUAGCAACCACAGUAACCACCACCAGUCCUAUUUCAGCGGAGCAGCCACACCAGACAGCCUCCAGAGCCCAUUGGCUGUGAGGGUGAAGGUGGAGAGGGGUGUGGCUUCGGACGAGGAAGAGGAGCUGGGAGGUGGGGACUAUGAAAUGGAGCACAGCGGCAUCACCAAGGCCACGGUUCCCAGCGCCAAUGGGGGCCUGACCCACCACGGGGUCGGAGGGCCUCUGUCGGCCCAGAGGAGGCUCGGCCUGGAAGCGCACCUGUCCGCUCUACGAGAGGCCUCUCUGGCCUCGGAGCUGGAGCGUGAGGAGAAGCCUUCGGCCACGGCAGACGACGAGGACAUACUGGGGGGUGAAAAUGAGCGCGCCCAGGCCGAGGCGGCCAGCAUGGAUAAUUCCCUGCUGCCCUACGUCUCCAACAUGCUCUCAGCGCAACACACCCAGAUCUUCAUGUGCCCGCUGUGUAACAAGGUAUUCCCCUCCCCGCACAUCCUCCAGCUUCACCUCAGCUCCCACUUCAGGGAGCAGGAGGGCAUCCGCUCCAAGCCCGCCGGGGACGUCAACGUGCCCACCUGCACCAUCUGCAGCAAGACCUUCUCCUGCAUGUACACGCUGAAGCGCCACGAGCGGACACACUCCGGUGAGAAACCCUACACCUGCACCACCUGCGGCAAGAGCUUCCAGUACUCACACAACCUCAGCCGCCACGCAGUGGUGCACACGCGUGAGAAGCCGCAUGCUUGUAAGUGGUGCGAGCGGCGCUUCACGCAGUCCGGGGACCUCUACCGACACAUUCGCAAGUUCCAUUGCGAACUGGUCAACUCGCUGUCAGUGAAGAGCGAACCGCUGGCGCUGCCCAAUGUCAGGGAUUGGGCGAUUGAGGACAGCUCCCAGGAACUGUGGAAGUAGAAACAGACUGUUUGAUAAAGGGAAAGAGAGCGGAGAGUGACAGAGGGGCAGAGAGGCAUGGGGAGGUGAAAGGGAGGUGGCAGAGUUUGAUAUUUGGGGUUCAAGUCAUGUUCUAAUGUGUCGCAAAAUCUCAUUCAAUUGCACUUUAAUAGCACAUGAAAAUGUUACUACUGAGUUGUUUUUUUUUGUUGCUGUUUGGGGUAAUUUUGUUUUAUCUAUUUUAUUCGGAUCUCUUUAUUUUUAUCUGGCAUAAGUUCUGUUUGAUGGUUUUUGUUGCGUCUGAGGACGUGGAUCCCAGUGAGAAUGUCUCGCCUUCUCGAAGAGUUUUCACUCUGUUUGUGUUUCAUCUCAGACACAACACUCCGGCGCUGGCCAGCGUAUCGGUCCCAGUUCCACAGACAGCAAAUACCACUGCAGGAGUUCAGGUCGAACACACUGAAGUGAAAAAGCAUUACAAUACACUAAACGGGUACUGUGAUCACCACCACACACACACGGUUUGAAGAAGUGUGUGUGUGCGUGAUACUGCACUACUCUGGCAAAAAUUUCACCUGACGUGCGUGAGUGUGUGUGAGUGUGUUUUGUGUGUAUUAAUUUUAUUUUCUACUGGCAUGGAGGUGUCGUUGGCGAAGCGCUCCCCGCUUCUCUUGUUAAGCUCUUUGGUGUUGUGUGUUCAGGGUAAAGCUGACUGACUGACAGACAAACUGAUGGCACUCAUGCAAUGCACAGCCUCCUUUUUUCACUUCCAAUCAAUUUGAAGUAUUUUCUAAAAAUGAAAAGACCUUUACAAAUUAUUAUAAUAAUUAU